AGCCAUCAACGACUUUUCAAAGACAUGCUAGCUCCUCAUGUGUGAAAAUUGCGCAUCAUGUACAGCUAGCUCCUCAUAAAAAAUUACAAUUUAUUAUUCGUUUGAAUUAACUAAUCAUGGAACCAGCGGAAGAGAACACAUGGUUUGAGUUUCAAGGUUUGACUUAUUCACCGAGCAGAUCAGAUUCUAGUAGUACACAGAAAAGAAAACUAGCGGAAAGAAGAUUCGGAUUCCGAGAGAGAACGAUAUCAGAGUUCAGAGAAAGAAGCCAUGCGGAAGAACAUGUGUCCUAUUCAACCGCCUGCAUCAUCGACACGUGGAAGCGGUGCCAGUGGCGGUUCUCACACCUUCAACUUUUCGGUGGCCAUAAUAAUAGCAUUUUGGUGCUAUGUUCUUGUUUCCGCUCCUCCCAUUCUCGCCCUUCCUCACACAACCAUGGUGAAAACCUUAAAAAGAUUGUGCAAAAUGUUCUGUGAUAAAGUUCAGGGAAGUAAGAAUCAAUCACAUCAUUCAGAGACAAGUAGUAAACUCUCAUGCCUAAGGCAUUCCCUUGGUUUGCUUGAUGCCAACUUCUUCAAUGACAAGCAGGUUGAGGAGAUUGAUAAGGCUGCGAAAGAGUUCAAUGUUCCAAUUAUAGUAGCGGAUCGGAAACUUGUGGCUUCUGAAAAUGGGGGGUUGCAUUACCCUUCUCCUUUAAUUUUCAAUGCUGAUUGGGAAUAUCAACCAUUACAUUCUGAAAGCAAAAAGUUCAAAUGUCCUUCCAUCUCUAAGAUACAGAGACCUGAAUCUGAAGAAGAUAUUGCCUUUAUGAGUGUUCUUGAAUUAGGUGCACUCAUCAAAACUAAACAAAUAACUUCUCAGGAGCUUACACAAAUAUUCUUGCGGAGAUUGAGAAAGUACAAUCCUGUUCUUGAGGCUGUGAUCACUUUUACCGAAGAAUUGGCACACAAGCAAGCGAAAGAAGCUGAUGAAUUGCUCAGCCAAGGAGUGUAUCUGGGGCCUCUUCAUGGAAUUCCAUAUGGAUUGAAGGACAUCAUAGCAGUUCCUGAGUACAAAACAACAUGGGGUUCAAAAUCAUUCAAAAAUCAAGUUAUUGAUAUGGAAGCAUGGGUCUAUAAGAGGUUGAAAUCUGCUGGGGCUGUUCUUGUUGCAAAGCUUGUUUCUGGAUCAUUAGCAUAUGAUGAUAUCUGGUUUGGUGGCAGAACCAGGAACCCAUGGAAUAUAGAGGAAUUUUCCACAGGGUCAUCUGCUGGUCCUGCAGCUAGCACCUCAGCAGGUCUGGUUCCUUUUGCAAUUGGAUCAGAAACGGCAGGAUCCAUAACCUACCCCGCAGCUCGCUGUGGAAUAACAGCACUACGCCCAACUUUUGGUACAGUAGGUCGAACUGGUGUGAUGAGUAUAUCAGAAAGCUUGGAUAAACUAGGCCCUUUCUGUAGAUCUGCAGAUGAUUGUGCCAUUGUAUUGGACAUUAUUCGGGGAAGAGACCCUCAUGAUCACUCCUCAAAAGUUAGCUCCCUAGAUGAUCCAUUCCAUGUUGACAUUACAAAGUUGACAGUUGGAUAUCUUGAUGAUGCUGAAAUGGAGGUUGUCCAUGUUCUUGAGUCAAAGGGUGUCAAGAUGGUCCCUUUCAAACUGAAUUACACAGUUGAUUCUGCUCAAGGCAUCUUAAAUUUCACAAUGGAUGUUGACAUGCUGGCUCACUUUGAUGAGUGGCAACGCUCAGGCCAGGAUAAUGUGUACGAAGCUCAAGAGCAGUGGCCGACUGAACUGCGCCGCGCUCGCGUAAUUCCAGCUGUGGACUACAUGCAGGCACAAAGAGCAAGGGGAAGGCUAAUCAAGGAAAUAAGAGAGUCAUUAACCGUGGAUGCUUUCAUUGGCAAUGCAACUGACUGGGAGAAAGUUUGUGUAGGAAAUCUUGUUGGUUUCCCAGUCAUAGUAGUACCAACAGGAUUUACUAAUAUCUCCAAGCCACCACCUGGCGGCACCAAAAGAAGAACCACAGUUACCACUGGCAUUUAUGCUCCCCCUAACCGUGAUCAUAUUGCUUUGGCAUUGGCAAUGGCUUACCAAUCAGUGACUAAUCACCACAAACAGCGGCCACCUAUGAAUGAUCUUGGACCAGAUGAAAAGAUUUCUGAUCCACCCACUGUUAUCUACCCUGCCAGGGUUUUUGGAUUCCACUAACUUGAGCACUUACCAAUGCUACUGAUUUUAGAAAGGGGCAAUACUUAUUUGAGCACUUAGCAAUGCUACUUAUAUGGAUGUAAUCAUUUUACAGACACUUGUAAAAAGAAAGCCACUAGAUCCAUGCCCUCGAGCCUUGAGGAAAAUAUAUAUACUUUUUUUUUUGCUAA